AACAGGAAACAAGGGAAGCGUCCUUGGAGAUGUUGUCAGUUAUGUUUUAGAUUUCGCAUUUCUGCCCUUUUACACAUAAAUAUGUGUGUUUAAAAUUUCAUAUAUCAUAGUCGUUGGUACAAGGGCUAACUUCUGACCGGAAAACGGGCAAAAGUUAAAAAGAAACAAUGACUGCAGCUGCUCUGAUAGGAGACCAGCUGAUCCUCGAGGAGGACUAUGAUGAGAACUACAUCGCCUCUGAACAAGAAAUUCAAGAGUAUGCUAAAGAGAUUGGUAUUGAUCCUGAGACUGAGCCGGAGCUGCUCUGGCUGGCAAGGGAAGGCAUCGUGGCCCCUAUGCCUCAGGAGUGGAAGCCCUGCCAGGAUGUGACGGGGGACAUCUACUAUUUCAACUUCUCCUCGGGCCAGUCAACCUGGGAUCACCCCUGCGACGAGCAUUACCGUCGCCUGGUGGUCCAGGAGCGUGAACGAGCCCAGCUCAGCGCGGCCGCAGGAGGCUCGGGGGCGAAGAAAGAGAAGAAGGAGAAGAAGAAGAAGAAAGAAAAGAAGGAGAAGAAAGAGAAAAAGAAGAAGGAGCUGCUCAAGACUCCGGGUGCACUGAGUUCAGCCUUAGCCCCCCUCCCGUCCCCUCUGGGCAGUCUGGCUCCUCUAAGAGGUCUGGAUGCCACCGGGUCAGGCCCACUCUCAGGUUCUGCUCCUGCUCCUGCUCUGCGGCGGUCGCUUGGCACCUCUGGGGGACUGGUUCCCCUGAAGACAUCUCUCGGGGCUCCCCGAAGCGCCGGAGCAUCCAGCGUUUUGGGCAGCAGGCACGAGGAGAGGGUUUCUCUCUCUCUGUCUGGAUUUGAUGACGAUGAAGAUGAUGAGAAAAUCUCAGACCAAGAGCCAAGUCCUCGAGUUUCAGACCGGUUAUUGAAGAACCUUCAUCUGGACCUGGACGCUCUUGGAGGAGGCCUACAGUAUGAGGACAGUGAAGACAGUGGUGGAGCUCCAGCAGAGGAGCGGACGGAGCCGGAGCUGCAGGACCUGGCCCUAUCUGGGGACCACAGCCCUGACCCACCAUCCCAACAGGACUCUUUGAGCGGCCGCAACCUCCGCCUGUCCUCACUGGCUGGCAGCAGAAACCCCGUCAGUGAGGACGGGCCGGGUCAUGUCAGCCCUGUACCUGAACAAUCUGCCCAACAGGAAGAAGCAGAGGAGUUAAGUGAGGCAGCAGAGGAGGUGCAGGAGGAUGUGCAGAGUGAGAGCGGAGAAGAUGAAGGCGGAGGAGGGGCAGAAGAAGGAAGAAUAGAGGAGAAAGAAGAAGCACAGGAUGAGGAAGUAGAUGAGAGAAACAUCAAAGAAGAGGGGGAUGAGAUAGAGGAAGAGCAAGGGGGGAGUGAAGGGUUUGUAGAAAGCAAAAAAGAAGCAGAGGAGGAGAAAGAGAGGGAUGAGGUUGAAGAGGAAUGCCAUGAAUGUGAUGAUGUAGGAAAGGAUGAAGGGGAUGAUGAAGUGUCCGAAAAAAUGCGAAACAGUGCGAGCCAGGAGACCGGUGAGAGAGAGGAAAAUAACAGCGAGGCGGACGUAGAAAGUUGCAUCGAAAACAAACAAGAUGUGACCAAAGAUGGAGAAAAGGAAGAAGAGGAGGUGCAAAAAGAAGUUAAAAAACCCUCAUCUGAGAAAGGCAGUGAUGAAGAUGUGGAGAAAAGUGAUGAAGAUGGAGGGAGUGAGGAGGAGGGGGAUAAUAGCAAAGAGGGAGAUGAGAAUGAGCGACGGAUAGACGAUGAGGAAGGGCAGAAGGGAAGUGAGGAAGAGGAGGUAGAGUUUGGAAGCACAAGAGAGCAAGAGAAGGAAAAGGAGGAAGAGGAGACUGAGAAGGAAAAGGAGGAAGAGGAGACUGAGAAGGAAAAGGAGGAAGAGGAGACUGAGAAGGAGAAGGAGGAAGAGGAGACUGAGAAGGAGGAAGAGGAGACUGAGAAGGAGAAGGAGGAAGAGGAGACUGAGAAGGAAAAGGAGGAAGAGGAGACUGAGACUGAAAAGGAGGAAGAGGAGACUGAGAAGGAGGAAGAGGAGACUGAGACUGAAAAGGAGGAAGAGGAGACUGAGACUGAAAAGGAGGAAGAGGAGACUGAGAAGGAGGAAGAGGAGACUGAGAAGGAAAAGGAGGAAGAGGAGACUGAGAGCGGGGAGGCUUUGGAGAGAUGCUCCCUGAGCCAGAGGAAGCUGACAGAGAGUGAGGAGGAGGUGAAUGAGAGGUCGGUGCACAGUGAGAGAGCAGACACAGAGGGGGAGGGAUCGGAGGUAGGUGAGGAAUCAGAAGCCGCUGAGCCCGCACCUGUAUCAGAGAGUGAGGAGGAAGUGGAGGUUUUUGAGGACGGGAAGGCUCGGGUGCGACCGAUGCUGAGCGACCUUAGAACUCUUGAACAAAAAAGAAAAACUCUCGCUGGCAUGACGAAGACUGUGACCGAUAAAUGCCCCGCUCUGGCAGAGCAGGAGUCGGAGGUCAGGAAGAACACCGACGAGGCUUCAUCCUCCACAGAUGUAAAGCUGUCAGAGAAAAUUCUGGACCUCAAUGACUUGUCUGGCACGAUCAGUCCACUGGAGAAAGAUGACAAGGAGGAAGCAGAAGACGAAGAGGAGAAGGCGGGAAAAACAAAGAAGGCCGAGGCUUUCAGAAGGAGUUUGAAGAGCGCUAAGAAUAUUGACCGUCUCGUGCUCCACCAGUCCAGCCCUUCACCCUCCCUCUCCGACUCGUCGCACUCAGAACAAGGUGUCGAGCUCCGUUUGAAAAGCGAAGGCCUCGGCACACACCCGGGGCUUCUGAGGCCUGAAACCUCAAGAGGUCGACUGGUCCGCACUUCAAACACCCAACGAGAAGACAAUGAAUCCCAAGAGAGCCAUCCGGAUGAGGAGCUCGGCUGGAGACUCCGGCAUGACAGAAAGAGGAAAGAGGAAGAGGAAGAGAGAAGUCUUAGAGAGAGGAAAGGAGAUAAGGAGAGGGAGAGGAGGAAGGCAGAUCAUGACUCGGAGGAGGAGAAGGAGCAAAUGUUCAUGAUAAAGGAGAAGAGAAUUCACCUACUCCGAGAGGAGCUGAGGGGAGAGGAGGAGGAAGAAGAGAGGAAGCUAAAGGAGGAGAGUGAAGAAAGACUGAGGGCUCUGCGGCAGCUUCUCCUCUCUAAGCGGAGAGAGGAAGAGGCCAGGCUGAACGAGGAGUCUGAGCAGAUGCUGGAGGAAAUCCGAGCGUCUGUCGAGGGGGAGAGGGAGAGGCAGCAACAGAAGCUAAGGGACGAGAGUGACGUCAAGCUGAAGGAAUUACGGAUCACUCUGGAGGAAGAGCGAGCAGCGCAGCAUGAAAAGCUGGAGGCCCAGAAGAGGAAGGACGUUGAGCGUUUGGAGGCAGAGUUGGAGGAGGACCUGCAGGCGGAGAAGAAGAGACUCCACGAGGAGAGGGAGGAGAAACUGAGCUCUCUAAAACAGGAGGUUAAAAUCACAGAGAGCAGGAGGGAGCUGAUGGGUACGAGACCUGAGAAGCAGCUGGCAGAGUACCACCGAGAGCUGGCUGACGUUCUUCAGGAAGUGCGGGAUGAAGUGCAGCGGGAUCACGAGAGGAAGCUGGAGCAGCUGAGGGAGGACCACAGGAGGGAGAUGAACAGCAUCAGAGAGAAAUACCUAGAUGAAGAGACUCUUCAGAAGGAGCGCUUGUUCUCCACUCUGCAGGAGGACAAAGAGCAUCUGCAGGCGUCACACGCAGUCCAACUGGAGAAGCUCCGCCUGCAGCUCAACUCACAGAUACAAAAGAUAGAGCUGACGCACUCCCGCAAGGAGUCACAGCUGCAGGAUCUUGUAGAUCAGAUGGAGCUAAGAACCAAAGAGCUGAAGAACCAGGAGGCCAUCAUGCAGACAAGGGCUGCAGAUCUGAAGAGGAGAAGGAAGAAGUUAGGGGAGGAAGAAGAAGAGUUGGAGAGCCAGCUAGAGGCUUUACCACAGCUGAUCCAGGAGAGAGACCAGCUGAAGGAGGAGCUGAAGAGGACGAGAGAGGAGAAAAAUCAGGCUAGAGAACUUCUGCAGAGAGCGAGGGAGGAGAGAAGUGAGGCCAAAGAGGAGAAAGAGAGGCUGAGGGAGGAGAGGGACAAAGCCAGGGAAGAGAGAAAGAAAUCGAAGGAGGAAAAGGAGCGACUGGAGAGCAAGGUGGCGCUGCUACAGGAGAGAUGUGACCAUCUCAGUCGCAGGAUCAGUGAGAUUGAACAAGGAGAAGGAGGGAGUGCCUCAACCAGACCAGAACAUAGACAAGACGGCAAGAAGGCAGAGAAGGCAGAGGUCACAGCGCCCUCCAAUGGCAGGAAAGACUCAUCGCUCCAUGUGGAAGACCUCGACGACCCCCCACUCUCCCCUGUGCCUGACAGCCAAAGCAGCCUGGACGAGUUCAGACGCUACAUCUCCUCACAAGGAGCGACGAUCCACAAAACCAAACUCUUCCUUGAGAAGGCGAGCAGCCGGCUGAUGGAGAGACAGGCGGCUCUUCAGGCGGUCCAGACCAGCUCCUCCGAGGACCCCGACAGGGAAGGAGGGGUGACUGGGGAAAGGUUACGACACCUCCAGCAGCCACUGUUUGAGGAUUUGUCACGGCUGGCUGGAGAAAGAAAAGUGACCUUUGAUGUGAGCGAGUCUGACCUCAGCAGCACUGUCGAUCCAGCGGACGGGACAGGAGCUCAUCCCACUGUGCCGGACAAAGUCCAGGAGUUAGCCGAGUCCCUGCAGCAGAUCUCAGGCCAGCUGAACUCCGUCCUGGGUGCUUUGGGUUCACUUGCCCAGGGACAGAGCAUCGCCACAUCUUAUACAGCUUUCCCUCCACCGCUGUCUCACCCUCACUCCACUGCAGCACCUACCUCCAACAUCUCCACCUCUGCCCCAGUCAUGCCCCAGAUGCUCUCAGAGCCGCCCUGGGCCUGGGCUCCCCAAGGCCCCGCUGCAGCCACCCCUCUCUUCAGUACCCCCAUCAGCAGUGGGCUGAGGGCUUCUGAGGACCCCAUCAACAGCCGAUGGAGCCAAAUAUUCCCCAGAGCAGCUAUGGACCCGAUCUCCUCCAGCACCAUGAGGCCGACCUCUGCUUACUCAGCAUACACUCCAGCUAGUGAACUCGGUCGCAGCCUGCGGACGGUGCAGAAGUCAGUGGAGGUGGACGGUCAGAGGCUGCAGGGGCUGAUUGACGGCAACAAGAGGUGGCUGGAGAUGCGCAAGAAAGACCCCAGCAUACCUCUCUUCACUCGCUUUCAGCCUCCUUCCACCAAGAGCGGCCUGCUCCAGCUGGGCCUGGACGACAACAACCAGAUCAGGGUGUAUCAUUACUGAGGGCACUGCGCACCACGCUCAGUGAUUACAGACUGCUACAGGUCAGCGCUGUGAUGUUUACACACACAGGGCCUCGUGUGAGAGUCGCCCUCUUUCAGUCAGUGCUUUGUAAGAGAAAAGGAGCGCCUGCCGUCCUCUGCUGUGAUUGGAGGACGAGAUGACAGCUGAGGAUGUGGCAGUUUAGGGAACAACAUGUCUCAGAGUGCUGAGGACGUAUUUCCUCCAUCAUACCAUGCCGCUGUGUGAGUAAACAGGAGGCCUUUCGAGUACUUGAAUAUUUUGUUUACAUGUCAGAGAGGAAAGGGUUAAAUCCUUAAGGGCGUAAUAAGACCAGACAAUCAGAGAGAAGGUGUACUUACUGUACUUCUUUUUUCUUGUUACAUCUCAGUUGUGAAGCUACACGCUGCUGCAGGAUGAACAUACAUAAACAUACAAAGUGCUUCAGGUCAGCUUGAGUUCAAGACAGGUCACGUUUGUUUCUGUGCCGCUGCUUUGUGCUUUUUUAAAAAACACGUUUUUCUUCAGUUUUUUUUGUUCUCUGACAGAAACAGAAGUCAGAGUUUUAAGCACUUAGUUAUUUUGACCACAUUCCUGAUGUCUGCAGAGCGGGGGAAGUGACAUGUAAAGUGUUGUAAACUUAGCGUUUGUGCAGGAAGAAGAAAACAAGUCUUUUGUGCAUAACUAUAUAUUUGUGUAAAUUCUGUAUUUUUCUAGAAGAUAUUUUAAUAAAUGUUGUUUGUUAUACAUUCA